AUCCCUCACAGCUGUACCACUGUGAAAAAGCUCCACCUUGUUGUUAGCAAGGCAAGCAGUAUUAAUAUGGUGCUAUCUCAGCUCAUUUCCUUGCCUGGCCCAUUGCCUUGGUUUCUCGCGGUAACAGGGUUAGUUUUGUAUCUUCUCCACAAAUAUUUUGCACCUGAGAAAAAGCCUGCACCUCCAGGUCCAUCAGGUGUCCGGCUGUUCUUGGACAUUCUGAAAGCGGUGAAAGGAGGAUCUCUACAUUUGCUGGCUGAGAAGUGGGCCAGACAGUAUGGAGACAUCGUCAUGUGCAGGACCAUCAUCGGCAACUUGUGUUUCCUCAACUCGGCGCGAGUUGUCAGACAUGUGUUUACCGACAAAGGGACAGAACUCCUCUCCAAUGAUCGCCCUUUAACGUUCACUGGCGCUAUAGUGGCUUAUAACUUUAAGGACGUGGCAUUAGGUGAUGCAGCAAAAAAUUCAGACUGGUCCAGAUCAAGAAAGCUCUUUCAUUCCACUCUCAAGUUCUAUGGCAGCGGUGUGGAGGCUCUUGGUGGGACGCUGCAGACAGAGUUAUGCCGCUUAACUGAGGAACUGGAGGCAAAAAUAAAAAUGUCGGGUGAAAAGGGUUGCUGUGACCUGGAGAUGGGAAAUUUCUUGCCUGUUUCUAUUCGGCGUGUUCUAGCAUUGUUGAUCACAGGUGAAACCCAAGGCCCAGAUUCUAAAGUACCACAACUGCUUGAAGAUUUGGCACUGUGUCUACGGAAGACUAUGUGUCCUUCCACUGAUGUUCUUCUGUACACUUUUCCAUUCCUGCGGUUUCUCCCUGGAACCUACUACAAGGAGUUGUGUGGUCAGACUAUAAAGCGCAGGGACGCCUUCAUGGAAGAAGUCUUUACCAAAGGAAAGGCAAAUCACGUGCCUGGUGAACCAAAGGGAAUGCUGGGUGCGCUUCUAGAAGAGCAGAUGAAUAACAGGAGCAGCUGGCUUACAGACGAUCACAUCCGGGGACUGCUUCAUGACAUUGUUAUCGGGGGAUAUGCCACUUCAACUGAGUUGCUAAAAGGCUUCUUUCUAUACAUGGCUCACCAUCCUCAAGUAAUGAAAAAGAUUCAGCAAGAGGUAGACAGCGUCAUAGGAUACAAAGUUCCCUCCCUUGGCGAUAGAAAGAAUCUGCCCUUCACAGAAGCGGCCAUAUUGGAAGUACUUCGAUUGGUGUCUACUGUUCCGCUAUCUCUGGGGCACGAGACAAGAGAAGAUGUUACCGCUGAUGGCUUUUGCAUACCUAAAGGGACGAUGCAAUUUGAAAAUAUUUGGUGGACGAAUCGAGAUCCAUCAGCAUGGGAGGGGCCUGACGUUUUUCGUCCUGAGCGUUUCCUUGACAACGAGGGUCAGUUACUGCCACCUACUCACCCCACACGAUGGAGGUUUCUUCCCUUUGGAGUUGGGAAGCGUAUCUGUCCUGGGGAGAACUUCGCGCGCUCGCGGGCCUUCCUCUACGUCACAACGCUCUUACAGAAAUUCGACUUCCUCAAACCUUUCAACCAUGACUUGCUUCCCCUGACACAAGAUUCUUGGGCAGAGGGCGUCGUCCUGGAGCUCAAGCCAUGCUACGUUGCUUUAAGGAGCAGGUCACACUAGCCACAGAUGUACAGAAUGUUGACAGAAGAGGAGACAAGAAAUGAAUAGUGUGGCGCUGUCUUGACUGCUGUGUCUCUUCUCACAUCCACUUCUGUGUUGGGCCAAGUCUGUAAACUCUGUCAAGAAAUAUUUCAGUCUUCCAUGCCAGUUUAACUGUGUUCAGAGAGAGGUAUACAUUCGCUGAACUGAGCCACAUUCGCUGUUAGAACAACUGUUUAC